AUGUUUGGCACUCAGUUGCUCCAGCCUCAGCCCUUAGGGACCAGACCCAGCGAGAGCAAAUCUCAUUCUGGUGACUUUGGGCUUCCUGAGCCUGAGGAAGUCUACAAGUGUCCAGCCAUGGAGUCCAAAGAGGGCAGCUUGAGUAUGCUGGAGGGUCCAGGCCAGGCCAGUCUUUUGGACCUCGAAGAGGAAAAAGGUUUGGGUAACAUUCCUUGUGGAACCAGGGAAGAUGGGUCCCAGCAGUCAAGUCCUCUUCUGGACCAUUUGGUCAGUGGUCAAGCCCCUGGGAGUUCCCAAGAGACAUGUGGCACCAUCCAGGACUGGAAGGUGGUUAGAGUCCAGCCUGUCAUGAUUUCCAGCCGCAGCUCAGCCCCCAAACCAGCAUUGUGUCGGAGUACCAGUUUCACUGAGAAGGACUUGAAAGAGGCCAAAGCUCAAAGCCAGCGGAUUGCUGCCCAGCUGACCACUCCUCCCAGCUCCAACUCCCGUGGGGUCCUGCUCUUCCACAGGCGCCGGCAGAGAGUAAAUGAGUUCACCUUUGAGAGCUUUGGGAAACAAGGACAGAAACCUAUCCCGGGGCACAGCCCUCCAACCCGCCCUGUUGAGACUCCAGACCAUGUUCCAGAAUUCUGCUUGAAUCGUACCCCCCAAGGCUGUUGUCCACACCCCUCUUCAUCCCUUGGUCCCCAGGCCCCAGAGGUAGGGAAUCCUUGCUGCAGUAUGGAGGGCCAAGGGGAGAACAUGAGUGUCCUGACCCAGAGAUCCCUGGAGAAGGCAGCCAGUGAAGAAGAGGAGAUACCUUUGGUGGUUUACCUAAAGGAAAAUGCAGCCUUGCUCACAGCCAAUGGACUCCACCUGUCUCAAAGCAAGGAAGCUCAGCAGGGUCCUUCAUUGGCUGAUACAAAUGCUCUCUCUGUAGAUGUUAAUCAGAAUCCUUCCCUGUCUGAGACUACACCUACCACGUUAAUGAGUGAUGUCAACCAGAACCCGCCGGUGAUGGAUGUUGGGCAGACUCCAUCCGUCUCCAGCACCAAACAAAAUGUAUCUGAAUCCCAGGUACAGCAGGAUGUUCCUGUGGCUGACCUGAAGCCCAGCACUCUGCUCAUGGAUGAGAAAAGCCUCUCACCAGAUCUAGACACCGGCUCUAGUGUACUCAUUCCUGAAGGGAAGCCAAGCCCGCUAUCUACCAAUGGCAAGACCAGUCCCUGCUCUGGGGAGGCUUCCCCCAGCUCCACCACGAAUGCCACCGUCUCUGAUGUCAAGUCUAGUGUCUUGGUCAUUGAUGUCAAACCCAGUGCCUCAGCAGUGGGACUAGAGCUGUCUGGGUCAGUCACCGGUGCCCCCGCCCCUAAGCAGCAUAGCGAGGUCCACCUCACUCUGGCCAAACCUCAGUCCGUGGUGAACAGGACAGCCAGGCCAUUUGGAGUCCAGUCCCAAGGGAUCAAUAGCCAGUUGGAACGGAGUCCAAUGAUGGAGAGACGCCCUAUGGGAGAGAGGAGCCCCAGGGCACAGGCACACUCAAUAGGGGACAGAAGUCCACAGGUCCAGAGGCAUGUUGUAAUGAUAAGAAGCCCAAUGAUAGAGAGGAAGACUUUGAGAGAGAACAGUCCUACUGCGGAGAGAGUAGAGAAGCCAUUGAUGGUGGAGAGAAGUCCUGCUUUGGAAAAGCGACCCCUGGGGAAUUUCACCCCACCGCCCACCUAUGCAGAGACCUUGUCCACAGCCCCUCUGGUCUCUAGGGGCAGGUCUCCGCCUUCCUAUUCUGUUCUGUACCCCAGCACUGAACACAAACAAGCACAUGUCAAGGGCCCUAGCUACGGGGAGGGCAAAUCAGCAUCUGUGACCAAGACUGGCAUCUUGGAGGAGUCAAUGGCCCGUCGGGGCAACAGGAAAUCCAUGUUCACCUUUGUGGAAAAGCCCAAGGUGACCCCUAAUCCAGAUCUCUUGGACCUGGUCCAGACGGCUGAUGAGAAACGGAAGCAGAGGGACCAGGGGGAGCUGGGCCCAGAGGAGGAACCAUUUGCCCUCGGGGCUGAAGCAUCCAAUUUUCAGAAUGAGCCAGCUCCUAGGGACUGGUCCAGCCCUACCUCUGAGGAUGCCCUCCCAGAAUGGUCAUCAUGCCUGAAGUCACCCAGCAUCCGGGCUAAGCCUAAGCCCAAACCAAACCAAAACCUCACGGAGGCCACUGGCAAGGGAGCUGAGCUAUACGCCCGACGUCAAUCUCGAAUGGAGAAAUACGUCAUAGAGUCACCAGGCCACGCUGAGCUGGCCCGCUGCCCAUCUCCCACCAUGUCUCUGCCUCCUUCCUGGAAAUAUUCCAAUGCUCCAGGGUUCCAAGGCUUCCGGGUGGCAAGCCGGAGCCCAGCCCGAACACCACCUGCAUCUCUGUACCACGGCUACCUGCCAGAGAACAGGACUCCACGCAGGGAGGUGGAGCCCACCAAACAGCAGCCUUACCAGCUCCAGUCCUCGCUCUUUGUUCUCACACCCUCCAAGGAGCCAGCCAAGGCCCCGGGGAGAGCAGCCUCACCUGCCAAGCCAGUGUCGCUAGAUCUGGAACCCAUGGGGAGGCUGGCACCCUGCCCGCCUAGUUCGGUUCUUCCCCCUUCUCCUGCCCUGCCUCGGCCAGUACGCUCUUCACCUGGCCUGACCCCCUCCCCGGUGGGCCCGGGAGGCCUUGUGCAAGACGUUACCCAGAUGAGUGGUGGCAGCCCCACCUUUGGGGGCGAAGUCUCCCCGGUGUCUCCUUCCCGGGCAUGGUCUCCGAGAGCCAAAGGCCAAGCUCCUCGACCUUCGUUCUCCACCCGGAACGCGGGGAUUGAGCCCCAGGAAAGACGGGAAUGUCGCCCCACCUCCCCUUCUGAGGCCCCCAGUUCACCGAGGCCUGCCAGCAGCCUGGAUGGCUGGGUGGGCCGUGGCCCUUCCGAGUCCUGCCAGAUGGUCACUGCGAGCAGUCCCCCACCCCCCCCACCCAUGUCCCCCUCCUGGAGUGAGCGCUCCUUGUCCCCAAUGCAGGCCGAACCCAAGGGCAACAGCCGCCAGCUUCAGGCCCUGGUUGCCAGGAACAUCAUCAAUGCUGCCCGCCGCAAGAGCUCUUCUUCCCCCAAGUCUCCAGGGGCAGAAUGGCUGAGGCCCUUCUCAGCCACCCAGGCCCUACCUCCUGCCAGCCCCAGAGGGCUGGGCAGCCCAUGCCCUCCCCUAAAAAGCCCCCUGGGAGAUGGCCACCGCCUUUCCUCCCAGCCGGGUGGCACCUUCUCCCCCAUCUUAAAGAGCCCCCUGACUGUGGCCCAGGCGCCCUUUGGGGACAGCCCCCGGCCCUUCCUGGCAGCCAUCAGCUCUUGCUCCAGCCCCAGGAACCCAGGCAGCAGCAGACCCUUAGGCUUCAGGAGCCCCCUGCCUUCACCUAGCCUGCCCGCUCGCUCACCGGCCAAGCCCUACACCAGUCGCUCACCCACAGACUCUGAUGUGUCCGUCGACUCGGAGGACUCAGGAGUCAAGUCCCCUGGUAUCCGCGGCUACAACAUCUGCCCCCGAGGCUGGAAUGGGGGCAGCCUGCGGCUCAAGAGAGGCAGCCUCCCCUCGGAGACCUCCUGUACAUCCUAAGAUGCAGUGGGGUUGGGGGUGGGGAGAGGCACUGCCUGGUGGUGGGGGCGAGGUUUUGGGGCACAGGGAUACCUAGGCGGGGGCCGGGGGGGGGGGGCUGAAGACGGCUCUGGCCAGCUGACGUGCGAGCAUUCUCUACUUUUCCAAUCUCCCCUUUGGAGAGGGGAAUACUGAGCACCCAUGGUGAACCAAACUUUCCCGUUUCUUUCCCACCACUCCUGCCACCUAGUGGAGCGGUUAGGCCCUGGCCAGUCCCCCCAAACCAAUUCCACGCCCCAGCAUCCUGCUCGCUCCGGGACCAGACAGGUGUGAAGAGCAGGAGACAGCUCAGGAGCAGAGAGCCGAGCCGCCUCUGAAUGGGGCCUGCCCCUCCCUGCCAGGCUCUGCUUCUGACACUGAUUCCAGGCAGCUUGGCUGGUGUCAAGCGUUUUCCAUCCCCUCCAUGACCCCAUCCUCUAUUUUUACCACAGUGACCUUUAAAGGCAGCUUAGUCUCUGCUAGUCCUUUAGGUGCCAAACUGCCCCACCAGCCCUGGAGUUAGGGCAGACGAGCGAGGGAGAAUUGGGAAGAAGAAAACUCAGACGGAGAGGAGUGGUGGUCCUGCGCUGUGCACUGAUUGGUGGGUUCAGGAGACCCGUGUGUCUAUUCCAGAUGCUGUGGGGCCUCCAGAAUGAGAGGUUCAGCAUAAGAAAAUCAUUCCCCUUCCAGCAUUGCGAUUUAUAACAAAAGUAGGACAGUAGAAGAUCAUUGGAAAAAACCAGGGAAUGUCCCUAGGGCAUUCCCCCCUGAUGUUUCUUUCCCUUCCCUUGAAUACCUCAUCCUACUAUCCCACCCUGGGAGAAAGAGGAAGGUCUUAACUGGGCAAAGGGUCUCCCCAGUGUUUUGCCAGGAUGCAGAUCUCCUUGGGCAAAGAGGAGGUAAAAGGGACAGACUAGGGUUUCACAUUAGAUCAGGAUGUAUUGGCAGUCCUGUGGGGAGGGACUAGGGAUAAGUAGAAGUGCUCUUCCCUUCUACUUUGGAUCAUCUCUCUCCUAGGUGUCAUUCUACCUUCUUUAAACUCCUGUCUCCUGCCCUUUGUGGGAACUCUGCCCCCCUGAGGUGGAAUCUGCCUCUUCCUGCUCUUUGGGGAGCUGCAUUCACCUGGGGAUUGCCUGUCUGGAGAUCUGGCCCCAGGAACUUCAGCUGUGUUUCUCUCAUCCCCACUGGGCCAAAUGCCCCUCAAAUCCAGAGCCCUGUGCCAGAGUUAUGGCCCUGAGCCCUACUAGAAGAGUAGGAAGCAGUUGGUUUGAAAACCCAGGCCCAUGGCCCCUCCUGGGGGUAUAGUCUGGCUACUGCAGGGUUCUCUUGGUCUUUGAUGGAGGCUGGGAACACAGGGCUCAUUCAGGAAGGUCAGGGAUGUGGCUGAAGGCCAGGACUGAUGAAGAUGUGUGUGGGUGCACCAGGAACAUCUUGCCUAGAGGCUACCCAGCAUGUGGGGAAACUAGUCUCCAAAAGCCUCCAGAAGAAACAGGAAUGGGGAGGCUUUGGAAAUCCCUAGGCAUAUUAGGUCCCUGAAGCCAGGACACCUCAGAAGGGAUAGGUAACAGGAGGCAUGAAGGGGCAUAGUUGAUAUACUAGGCUUUUCUAGUCUUUAGGCUGGAGAGUCACAUUCUUACCCAGUGCAUAGACUCCUUGGGCUUAUCUCUUGGGAUGGGAUAAUUGAGAGACCUCCUCCACUAAGACUCUGAAGGAAGAUGGGCUGGCUGCAUCUUUGAUUCUAGGCUGAGAUCAAGUUCCUCCAAAGAGGUGAAAGACAAUGAAAAUAAGACUCUUUUCUCUGGUUCUCUUCAAUCUACUUUCCCAACAGUGAUUCUCCUCAUCCACCUCAGGCCUCUGACCCCUUUCUCAUUGUGAGGCUGCCCAUCUCUUGGGUUUGUCACAUCUUAUCCUCAUCCCCUCGAUAAAUAAAUACCCACAUCAUGUCAGAAAUUUCCUGUGUAAUGAACUACAUUUGGAAAACUCAUCUUUCCAUCUAUGCUUUUUCUAGCUUCCCAGGGUCCAGGAGGGCUAGUGGAAGAACUAAAAUUCCAUUAGGCUUAGUUCCAGGUCAGAUAGGCCUGUCCUGUGGGAUCUGAAGGAGGUAUUGUAUUAGGUUGUCUUUUUGACCAUCUCUAAUGUGACCGAAGGUAUGGAAAAAGAUGGGCCCUGUCCUUACUGGGAGAGCACAAACCCAUUAGCACCAGAAGUAGAAUCAAGGGUGCCCCUAACCUGACCCUAACAUUUCAUUUUGGUGAAUUAUAAAAAAGCCCUCUAUGCAGAAUGAAGAGCUAUGGGUUUUGGUCUCAGUUCUGCCAUUAACCAUGGAACCCAGGGGUAAACCCUAUGACUUCUCUAGGUCUGUUUCCUCAUCUGUAAAAUAAGGGCUUUCAAAAAAGCCCUUUUCAAAAAAAAGACAUUUCAAUUUCUCCUUGCUUAAAAUGCUAUGUGUAUGGAGUUCUGAAGGCAAGGAAUUGCCACUAGAGGUUUUUAUUUUGGCUUGCAUUUAAUGUCAAUAAAAAAGGGGGAGAUUGGGCCUGGGUGGAGGAUUUGAGCAUCAAUGGUGCACCCCAAACCAGUCAUGUAAAUCUAUUAUGGUUCCAGGCUCUCUAGCAAAAGAUCUAGAGAGUGAGGACUUUAACUCCUAGGGAGGAGUUGGAGUCACUUCCCUGAGACUAAAAUCCUAGGACCAGCUAUUUAUUGGCAAAUCCAGGCUCAGAAGUAGGAUGACUUGCUAGGUAUCACUGGACAUCAUGCAGACUCUAGGAAUGGUUGGAAUGCUGGGAUCUGGGGCCUGCUAGAUUCUAGGAAUUUAGGGAAUGCUAGAUUAUGGGAAUUUAGGUUUCCCUGAGAUACCGGCAUGCUAUCUCACAUCAAGGCCCCACAAGAUUCUCCUAUCAAGGGUUAUCUUGCCUUUUACCAAUCUGACAAGGAGGAAGGAAAGCUGACAGAAGCUUUUGUAACUUCCUGGCCUUGGUUUCAUGCAUCCCCUUCCCUGGUCCAGAUUCAUAGGAGAUGGGAUGUCAACCAGGAUGGCCUCUGUCUUAGCUUCAGUGUGAAGGUUUUCUAAGGCUUAAAGAGGUCAGUUCUUUUGGGACCACAGGAGAACCAAUCUGGAGGGCUCUUGAGCUGAAGUGGGGCAAUAGCCAAAAUGGGACUCUGGAACUAGAGCUAUAUAGAAUAGCUUAAUAAGUUUAAGGGCAACCUAGUCUAGGACUAGGUAGUUUUCUUUCAUAUGUCUCUUAUUUUCAUGCUAUUUUUAAGUGUGUAUAUUCUUUCCCCUUGUAAAUAAACACUGGAAAAUCCACUCUUAUGAUCUUCAAGUAUGUAGAGAUGGAGGGAAAAGUCAGAGGAGAAAGAAGAAGCUUAUGCAAGAGGGCAGCAUUCCUAAUUGUGACCACGGAAUGGGCAAGGUAGUUAAGAACAAAGUGUGGCAAAUUUCUGAACCCAGGAAACCAACUAAAUUCAGGAACCAGGAAGGUUAACAGGCUUGGUGAUUUGACUUAGGAAUUCAGUUAUUGGGGAAGGUUUAGAAAGUAGUAAAAGGUCAUAAAAAUAAUCUCUAAUAAAAGGUGACACAUUACAAAGUAGUUAUUAUUAAGGCUAUCUGGUAUGAGGAAAAAUAAGAAAAAAAGAUCAGAGAAAUAGAAGAGAUACAUCAGACAUCCAACCAAAUGCAUACAGAAGGAUAUUGUUUGAGAAACUAUUGAAAACAAAAAACAGAUAAAAGAUUCAUUAUUUAACAAAUCUAAUUGGGAAAACUGGUGGAAAUUUGGAUGGAAAUGUACUUAAUCUCACAUCUUAUAAACAUAUAUAUUUUAGUAAAUUCUGGCUGGAUAACAGAUUUACACAUUAAAAAAAUUUUAAGAAGGGAGAAAACAGAAUGUAUUUACCUUAAAUGUGAUGAUUAGAAGACUUUUUUUUCUAUUUAUCAAAUGGAAGGACUAUUGCAAACUAGAUGUAUUUGAUGACCUUAAAUAAAAAUUUUGUAUAAUAACACUUUUCAAAAGAGGAAGACAACAGUAAAUAGCCAUGUAAUGCUCAUUCACACUAGUAGUAAAAUUGCCAAUUAAAGUACCAUUUGAAGUACCAUUUCACAAACAUCAAAUUGGCAAAAAUAAUAAAAUGAAGCAGGGUAGUGGAGAAACAGUACACUCAUUCAUUGCUGGUAGAAUUGCAAAAUUGUAGGAUGUUUUUGGAAGGCAAUCUGGCAGUAUACUAUAAAAGUUAAAAAAUAAUCAUACCUUCUUUUUGUAAGUGUUAUCAAUAACAAUGACAAAAGCUUUCUAUUAAAUUAUUUUCAUAAUAGCAUUAUGUUAUUAAAAAUGGAAGCAAUGAAAAAAUCUAUAAUGGGAACACGGCUAAAUAAAUGGUGAUACAUUUGUGCAAUGGAAUCCUAUAAUAUAAUAUGAGGAAUAUAAAAAAAGAAAAUAUUUUUAUGAAAUGAUGAAAAUUGAAAAAAGGACCUGAAAAACAGUACACACCAAAAACAGUCAGGAGAAAAGAUGGAUAUUUAAAAUGUCUGAGAAGUUAUAUUUUUUAUUAAGACUAGUUGUAUUAUGUUCAAUAUUAAACUUAUGGCAAAUUAAUUAAAAAUGAAAAUGGUGACAUUUAACCUCCAGAAGACUUAGACAGAACAUGAUAUCUAACUUCAAGUAUUAUAAAAGUUUAAAGGUAGAAUGACAGGACUUAGCAACAGAUUGGAUAAGGGGGAAUGAGAGAGUAAGGAGGACAGGAUAUGUUGUGAGUCUGGGUAACAGAAGAUGAUGGUGAGCUUGACAGUAAUAGGCAAGUUAGGAAGAGAGGAACCAUUGGGGGAUGGGGUGGGGAGAAAGAAGGUUUGGACAUAUGGAGUUUGAGAUAUCUGUGAGACUUUUGGUUGGAGAUGUCCAAUAGGAAGUUGGAGAUUCAAAGUUAGAGAUCAGGAGAGAGAUUAGAGCUGGAUAAUCAGACCUGAGAAUCAUCUGCCAAGGGAGAACUGAAUCUAUGGGAGCUGAUCAGCUCACCAAAUGAAAUAGUAUAGGGGCAAAAGACAGGAGGUCCCAGGGCCAUGCCUUGGAGAACACCCCUGGUUAUUGUGUGGAACUUGUUGAAGAUGCAGCAAGAGAAACAAACUGAAGAGUAGGAGAGAACCAGCAGAGGUGAGUAUCAUGAAAACCUGGAGAGCAGAGUAUCAAGAAGAGGGUGAUUGACAGCAUCAAAGCUUCUGACAGAUCAAGGAUGAGGACUGAGAAAAGUUCAUCAGAUUUGGCAAUUAGAUCAUUGGCAACUUUAGAGAGCAGCUUCAGUUGAAUAAGGCCAAAAGUCAGACUGCAGAAUUAAGAGAGUAGGAAGAAAGGAAAUGGAGUUAUUUUUUGGAGGCAGCCCUUUCAAGUUUAGCCAUGAAAUCGAGUAGAGAUAUAUAGAGAUAGAGAUAUAGCUAGCAGAGAUGGACAGAUCAAGUGAGGGUUUUGAGACUGGGGGAGACAUGGGAUGGAAUGGAAUCACUUGUGCAUAUCUAGAGGUUUGCCUUGAAAAAAAGGGCCACCUCUUCAUGUGAGGUGAGGGUGAAGAAGAUACUGGGGAAUGGUAUACAAGUAAUAUGAGAUAAAAGAGGAGAAGAGGGAGCUCUCAGCACACUCCUGAAGAGGAUGGGAUCAAGGGCAUAAAUAUGUGUACUUGGGGUUAGUCUUAGCAAGAAGGGUCACUUUAUUCUGAGAUGGGAGAAAAGUAGGAAGGUGUAGGUAAAGACAAAGAGAGGUUUUGAGAUAUGGAGGAGUGGAAAGUGAGUUGUAGUGAGGUUGAGGAACUGAGGGAAGAAGAGAUUUGGAACAGCCACUAAGAUAGAGAGUUAUCAGUCAGUCAGAGAUGAAUAAAAAGAUCAAUAUGUACUGGAAAGGUUAGAUAGCAUGAGUUUGUAAUCCACUCAUCUGUGUAAUUUAAUGACUUCUUCAGUAGCUUUGGAAUAUGUAUAUGGUGGUGACCCAGAAUUGACAAUUAGGAGGGCAUGAAAGCUAAUGGCUAAAGGAUUCAAAGGGGGAGGUUAGUACCUUAGACUGUGAAAGGUGUCAAAUAAGUACAGAACAAGGGUGAUGGAUUGGAAGGAGGAACUGAGAAACACAAAAUUUAUGGAGAGGCAGAAGGAUAGGAAAUUGUGUAUGAGCAGAAACAGAAUUUCAGUAUUUAAGACCCUUGGGGUGUACAAUUUUAGGGAAUGUUGAGGUCUAAGGGGAACAACCAUUUAAGUGAUGAUGGUAGACAGAGAGGUUAUGGGAAGUCCAGACCUAAUCAUGUCAUUCCUCCACUUACAAAUUUUCAAUGGCUCCUUAUUUCUGCAAGAAUAAAAUUCUUAGCCUGCAUUUAAAGACCUCCACAAUCUGAUUCCCACACCUGGUAUUAUUUCAUUUUACUUCUCUUCUUGAGCUCAACCUGGCAUGCUAGCUGUUGUCUCCCCAACAUAGGCCAUCUCUCCAAUUCCAAGCUUUGUUCACAUGGUCCCUUAUGUCUGGAAGAAUGAACUUCAUCAUUUCUACCUUGUAAAUCUAGGGAUGGUACAGGUGCCAUCUCCUACAUAAGAACUCUCCUAAUUGCCCAGUUAUUAGUGUUUGUCCUGAAAUUACAUGACAUGCAAUAACAAAUUUCCACAUAUGUUUUCUGAAAUUAUAUGAUCCAUAUUGACUCCCUCCCUCCGUUACCUUCCCUCUCUCAGAGAUGUUAAGUAAUUUGAUCUGGAUUAUAAAAAUGUAUUAUUGUGCGAAACAUACUUCCAUAUUGGUCAUUGUUGUAAGAGAAUACCGAUAUAAAACCAGACCCCCCCCCAAAUAAAACCAUAAAUAAACUAGUGUGGAAGAUGAUAUGCUUUGAUCUACAUCUGACUCCAACAGUUCUUCUAUGGAGGUGAUUAGCAUUCCCCAGCCUAAGCCCUUCUGAAUUGUCCCAGAUCAUUGCAUUGCUGAGGGUUGCCAAGUUGUCGGUUGAUCAUCGUACAGUAUUGCUGUUACUGUGUACAAUGUCUCCUGGUUCUGCUUAUUUCUCUUUGCAUCAGUUCAUGUAGAUCUUUCCAGCUUUGAAAUUAUUUUUGUAUAUACUUUGUAUUUACUUAUUUGUUUGUAUAUUGUAGGCCACCAGUAGAAUGGAAUGUAAGCUUCUUGAGAGCUGAGACUUAUUUUUCUUUUAAAUCUAGCCUUUACCCACAAAGUUCACUUAAUAAAUGUUUGUUGGACUUGA